CGCCCAUGAACCUUUACCAAAAAGCCCAAAAAGAAGAAAUACUCACAACCCUACCAAACGCCAAGUCGCCAACUCUGAAAAACUAAAACCACGAAACCAAAAUCUAGUCUCGCCGGAGCCCGCCAAAAUUCACUUCGCCGGAGUCUAUGAACUCGAAACUCCUCCGUCUCAUUCCACUCUUCUUAACCAAACCAAAAUUUCCAGCUUCGUUACCUUAUUCUCCUUCUCAACAGAGGUGUUUUCCGUUCUCCACUGCAACUCCCGAAACGACGUCGUUCAAGGAGUGUCGCAGAUUCACGCACUCGUUUGAUGACGAUGCCGUUUCGGGAACCAGCGCCGCGUACAGCCACACGCUGAAGUUCCAACGACCAUCGACUAUCGAUUGGCAUCGAGGGAUUGAGAACAACGCUUCCUUCAUUGGAACCGUCACGCGCCAGCCGAAACCCGUUAGCUCCAAAAACGGUUGUUUCGGUGUUUUCACUGUGUUGAAGAUUUCGAAUCCGAGAUGCGUUGAUUCUCAUAGCUCCAACUUAAGGGUGGUCUUGUCUAUGUGGGAUCGGUUAGCGGAAAUUGCUUUGAAACAUUUGAAAGCGAAUGAUUUUAUAUAUGUCUCAGGUUCUUUGCGUUCUUACACCAAAGUUGAUCAUAGUGGAAAUGACAAUGUUAACUAUCAGCUAGUUGCGAAGGAGCUGGAUUUUGUUGCUCGAAAAAUAGGCCAUGAGGGGCACAAAAGAUUAGAAUCUAUUGAAGCUGCAGAUAGUAUCCAAAAUAAUCAAAAUCGACUUCACCUAUGGCAUGUGUUUUUUUCCAAUCCAUAUGAGUGGUGGGAUCAUAGAAAGAGCAAAUAUAACACAAAACAGCCUGAUUUUAAACACAAGGAUACUGGUGAAGUUCUGUGGUUGAGUAAAUAUGAUCCUCCAUGGGUAAGAAAACAACUUGAAUUGCUUGACUCGAAAAUUGCAGAAGGAAGAGUUAUGCGUCCUCAUUCUCGUGUGAGAACUUGGGUUUAUGAUGAGUAGCCGAAGGCUAUGUUGAUGGACCCUUAAAACAAUCAAAUUGCUAUGAUUAUGAUAGUAUUGUUGCUAUGAUCUAUUCAACACAUGUUAAAAGAUAGUUUUGUCGAGUUGAUGAUUACUCAUUAGUCAAAAAAGGAAGAAAACUUGAGAAGUAGUGUAUGCGGAUGCUUACAUAGCAGCCCCAUGUACCAUAUUUGUGUAACAGAUGCAAGAACAAGUAUUUAAUGUCGAAUUUUUAUGUAUAAAUAAUAGAAGGUUAUGUAUUUAAACGAAAUGCAUACAGCAUAACCAUAUGUAAGGUUUUAAGGCUCUGAAUUUCAAAGGCAUAGCAAUUCACAGCAUCAGCAGCUUCAUACUUGAAGACUCGUGAAGAAACAUGGAUGAAUUGAGUAGUUGACUUCCCUUUAUGGCCUUUUUAACACGCACAGGAGUAUGUUUCUCUUACUUUUCAUUCAUUUCUUCAAUUUGUAUUUACAUUGCUAAAUUGUGAUAGGAAUGUGUUAUUGUAACCUUCUUGCUUUGAUUAUGUUUGCAAGUUUUAGACAGGUCAUUUGAAGUGAUUGCAUAGAAGUAAAGUAAGUGUUGAAAGUUGAAGUGCUUCUAACACCUUUUUCUUUUCUAAAGAUUUGUAGCCAAAACUUUAAGCAAUAAAUAUUGAAUUAUUUGGAUAAAAAA